UUACAUCUAAACUCAUGUUCAAAUUUACGAAAACUUGAUAUUGUGUUGGAUUAUGGAGAUGUUAAAGAUGCUACCAUUAUCAAAAGAUCUCUGAAUUUGAGACAUAUAGAAAUCAGUGGUAAUGAUAUUGAUGAUAAGAUUACUAAAGCAUUGGCUCAUACUUAUCAUAAAUUGAAAUAUUUCGAUCUAA